AUGACGAGCCAAAGCAACUUGAAUCCUCUGCCGGACACCAACUUCUUAGCAUUUGUCGCGCAUGCUCUUGACGUGGCCAAUAACACAGAAAAGCGCCAAAGGCCCGAACGCGAUUGCGCACAAAAGCGCGCCCAGGCCGACAUCUUGGAUAGCCUCGCCUACAUUGCUGUCUGCGAGGAGAAACACCACGUCGUCGCCACAGCGGCUCUACUCCCCGGUGGUUCUUCCACAAACCGAGCUGGGCUUGAGAUCCUCGUCUCAGAGAACGGGACAGCGAGCCAGACCGUAAUCGACCAUCUCCAGAGCGUCUUGGACCGUCUCAUCCUCAUCCGUAAACAAGCUGAGCCACUCUUUCCAAAAAGCCGCCUCUCUCCGCGAUUUCCAGAGUGGAUAGACGGCGAUGCGCCAAAUUUAAACGCAUUCGAACGGUCCCUUGUCGACCUGGAGGUAUCCAUCCUCCGACACUCGUGGAAGAAGCUGCGGCGGCGUGCUACGAAAGACUCGCAGCAUGUCUUCGCCACUGACACCGCCAACGACGUGUGCGAUCCAAAUGCCAUGGACCGAGUUGCCCCCGAUCAGCGUCCACCCCUGGCAAAGCUCCAAGCAUCGACGGACGAGGAACGAGAGUUGAUCUCAGAGGUGGUACCGGCCUUGAGCGUUCUGGCUCGGAUAAUCCAGACACAAGCGCCCACCGACAACGACGUCAGGAGCGUCCGCGGGAUGGUCCUCUGUUUGGAAAUAUUCCGACAGAAAUUCGAAGGAAAUACCAAAUUUAUGAAAAACUGGAAUCGCUAUACCCGCCUCCGCCUAGAAUCACAGCAGGCAAACAUAAAGAAACCUCCAGAUUUUCUCAGGUGGUUGACCAAGCUUACUGCGAUCCACCGGCACUAUAUCCGCAUAGCAAAUGUUGCGGCAUCGAACACAUUAUUGGGAACGCUGCUGGUCGACCGCCCAGUUGUCAAAGCAGUGGAAAAUACAAUACCUUGCCUCAAGCUCGUAGUUGACCACCAGCGAGUGGAAGACGUGCUAAGAUGCACCAAAUGCAAGAUUGAAGCGUCAGGACAGCGGACGGUUGGUGGGCUCGUCAAAAUGCUCGCGGACACUCUCAACCUCGAGUAUAAAGACGAAACACUCGUUGUCGAAAAGCCAGCGCCGGUCCACGGUGCGUGCAAGCUCCUCGCCGCCACCCACGGCCGUGCGGCGAUCGCGUACAUUGGCGUCUCGAAACAGGCUCCAUGCGCAUUCUGCGACAUAUACUUCGAGGCCUACCGCAAAGCGACGAAGACGCAAAUCAUCACGGGCAGCGCUGACUCAGACCCACAUGCUGGCAGCCGCAACCAGACUCCUUCAGCCGCUCCAUGGGCAUUUCCACAUCUCCGAGUGCCGGAGCUGGACACCGAAAUCGAAAACCACAUCCGCCCGCACCUCCUUCGUAAGAUCAACGAGGGCUGGGCCCAGUUCGGCCGGCCAUCGAGGUCUUCGCAGAGCGCCGAUGUGUACGACUCUGACGAUGAUACGAGACCGAUCUUUGGGAUGUGCGAUGAAAAAGCAUUCCGCAAAAAGGCUAUGGCCGAACAGAGACGACAACACGAGAAGAGAUGCGCGGAGUAUAAUUCAGCCCUCGGAGCCAAGGGAGGCUGAUCGUUAAGUAGGAGUCGUCCCCUUGAAUAGCUUGUCUCAUUGCCCGUUUGCCUUUUGUGCUUUUCCUGCUUGGUCUUUAAUCAGAAUAAAUCUUGGUGGAAAGGGC